CGCUCUGCCUUGCUGCUGUGUCAGCUGGGAGUCAGUCGUUGCCAAAAGAGGUCCACAAAAUGAUGACAUGGAGUGGUUUGGGAAUGAAGGUGCUCGCUCUUCUUGCUCUUCAGACUGUUGCCACAGAAGCCCAGCCACAACCAGUUUGCGGCCGACUGCCCGACAACCCUCGAAUUGUGGGUGGUUCGGAGGCAGAGAUUGGGACCUGGCCAUGGAUAGCCAGUCUGCAGCUCAUAGACUCACCUACUUGUGGGGGGACCCUCAUCUCAUCAAAAUGGGUGCUCACGGCUGCACAUUGCUUUGACAGUGGUAUCCGGGAUCCCUCCUUGUAUGUUGUUGUGUUGGGUGCCUACAACCUCUCAAACCCUGGCUCUGCACCAGUCGCUGUGAAGGACAUCAUUAUCCACUCCGAAUACUCCAGUCAUGUGGAUGGUAAUGACAUUGCUCUUCUGGAACUGGAACAUCCUGUCAAUUUCACCAACCGUAUCCUGCCUGCCUGCAUUCCAGGACCCUCCAUUGUCUUCCCCCCCAUGAUGGGGUGUUGGGUUGCGGGCUGGGGAAACAUCAAGGAAAAUGUUCCUCUCCCACCUCCUGAGCUUCUACAGGAAGUGCUGCUUCCACUUGUGGAUAGGAAUACAUGUGAGGACCUUUACAGCUUCCUUCAAUUGAGACGCCCGAUCAUUAAGGAUGACAUGAUAUGUGCAGGAUACAUGGAAGGGAUGAAGGACGCUUGCCAGGGAGACUCUGGAGGACCUCUUCUUUGCCCCUGGGAUGGGGACUGGGUCCUGGCAGGUGUGGUGAGCUGGGGAGUUGAUUGUGCUGCCCCUAGACGCCCUGGUGUCUAUGCUCGUGUCGCUGCUCACAGCCAAUGGAUCUUGAGGCAUGCCCCAGAAGUGGCCAGCAAUUUAAUCUCAGCAACACAUUCCUACAGCAGAGGUCCUGGGCUCCUAGUGCUCCUAUUGCUUUUGUUAAGCAUAAGCACUAUGGUCAGUGUUGUAUAACAUGAGAACAUAUCUGGAUGGUUCUUACUGGCUCUGCUCCUGUUCUUUCCUUUAUGAUUGCGAGCCUCUGAUUAAAAAUGCUGAAAAAAGACAAAGCAAAGGCAAGAUAAAAUGCAAAACUAUAAACCAGUGGUGGCGAACCUAUGGCACGGGUGCCAGAGGUGGCACUCAGAGCCCUCCCU